AUGGCUUCUACCAGUAACACGUCGCAAGAUGUUGAUACCAACCCGUCGCAAGACGUGGAUAACAACCCGCCGCAGCCAAGCCAUUCUUUUCGUUUUUGGGCCAUCAUUGUCUCCUUAAUGAUUGCUUCACUACUAUCAGCACUGGAUGUCUCUGUGAUCUCAACGGCAAUGCCGUCUAUAGUUCACGAUCUUGGCUCCACUUAUGCCUUCAUCUGGAUUGCCAAUGCCUACUUCCUUACCAUGACCGCGUUUCAGCCGAUAUAUGGACAGACGGCCAACAUCUUUGGCCGCCGCAGCUUGACCUUGCUUGCUGUCUUAUUGUUCGCUGUCGGCUCGGCAGUGUCCGGGUCAGCACCAAACCUCGGCGCUUUGAUUGUUGGUCGCGCGAUCCAAGGCAUCGGUGGUGGUGGCAUCAAUAUCCUGAUUGAGAUUGUCGUCGCUGACCUCUUGCCUUUACGCCAACGUCCCAAGUUUAUUAGCAUUAUCUUUACUGCCUAUACGGUAGCUGUAGUGCUCGGGCCCGUUAUUGGCGGGUUGUUAUCGGAAAGAGUGACAUGGAGAUGGAUCUUCUAUCUAAACCUUCCAGUAUCCGGUGUGGCCCUGAUUAUGCUCUUUGCGGUCUUGCGCGUGCAGUAUAAGAAGGAUUCCAUGCGCAAUUCUCUAAAGCGGGUGGACUUUGGCGGAAAUGUCCUACUGAUUGCUUCUGUGGUCUCUGUGCUGUUGGCACUCACCUGGGGUGGCGUGGAGUUUCCAUGGUCCUCUUGGAGGACAAUCCUACCAUUGGUUCUGGGUGUGCUUGGUAUAGCUGCUUUUCUUGGUAUCGAGUCCACGCGAUAG